AUGGGCCCCUGUACCGCCUCCUCAUGCUGCUGCCAGGCCCGUAAAUCUGUCAUGGGCCCCUGUACCGCCUCCUCAUGCUGCUGCCAGGUCCAGAGUGUGUGUGUCAUGGGUCCCUGUACGGCCUCCCAUUGCUGCUGUCUCCAUCGCCACACUCUGCCAUGUGCCACUUUCAGGUCUCCUCACACUGCUGGUGGGUUCCAUUUUGUCAUAGGGUGCUGGCAGAUUACGGGCCUCCCAUUGCUGCUGCCAGGCCUGUAAUCUGCCAUGGGCCCCCGUACCGACUCCUCAUGCUGCUGCCAGGCCCGUAAUCUGUCAUGGGCCCCUGUACCGCCUCCUCAUGCUGCUGCCAGGUCCAGAGUGUGUCAUGGGUCCCUGUACGGCCUCCCAUUGCUGCUGUCUCCAUCGCCACACUCUGCCAUGUGCCACUUUCAGGUCUCCUCACACUGCUUGUGGGUUUCCAUUUUGUCAUAGGGUGCUG